CGAAGCAGGGAUCAGCAGGGAUGAAGAGCAGUGGGACAGCACGGAUCAGUCAGUGUGAAGAAGCAACUGCACAAGAGGAAGGCAAACAGUCCAUGAGCUCUUAGGAGCCAACACAAUUUUCUGAUUGUUGGGGAUCCCACCAUUCAACAGCCAGGAUGGCUCGGGAUAUGUCAGAUAAGGAAAUCUUGAAAAUGGAGCUGGAACAGUUGAAGAAGGAAGUCAGCACACCUAGGACACCAGUGGGUGCAAACUGUGCAGAAACGGUCGCUUUGGUUGAAGAACUGGCGCCAAAUGAUCCGCUGAUUAAGGGCGUUCCAGAUGACAAGAACCCCUACAAGGGAGAAAAGGGAGGCUGUAUAAUAACAUAGCAUAUACACAUCUAGGGAAAAGUCACAACGUUUUUUAUGAGAGCCGGUCACAUUGCUGUAAUGUUCCUGUAGAAUUCUUGUGGAUAAAAUGUACAGUAGUAAGAAAACUGAGAUCUGUAAUGGUAUUGCUACCAGGAGAGAGACCCUUUUCCAUCACUGGAUUACUGUAUGUACCUGUUGAUAUGAAAAUGUUUCUUUGUCAAUUUGUAAUUAAAUGCAAAUAGCUGUACAAAGCUUUGACCUGA